AUGCAUAUUUCUUUCAUCGUCCCAGCUCUUGCAGCGACCGCCAUUGCGGCGCCAUCUAUCGGACCGCGACAGGCCGUGCAAAAGAUUACUGUCGAUGCUACAAAACAGUACCAGACCAUAGACGGCUUCGGUUUCUCUGGUGCUUUUCAACGAGCCAACCUUAUUGUCAAUCUCAAGGAACCGAAACAAUCCGAAGUUCUGAAUCUGCUAUUCAACACAACAACUGGAGCUGGAUUUAGCAUCGUCCGCAAUGGCAUCGGCUCAACAGUGGAUAGCUCCAAGGACUUCAUGAACACCAUCCUCCCCAAGUGUCCCUCAUCGCCUGAUGGUGUCCCUGACUACAAGUGGGAUGGAAAAGACAGUGGACAGUUGUUCUUGAGCCAACAGGCCGUCAAGUUUGGAGUCAAGACCUUCUAUGGUAAUGCUUGGAGUGCACCCGGUUGCAUGAAGACGAACGGGAACGAUGCGAAUGGGGGAUCUCUAUGCGGCAUCUCCGGAGCACGAUGCAAUAGCGGAGACUGGAGACAAGCAUACGCCAAUUAUCUCGUGAAAUACGUUCAGCUGUACGCUGAAAGUGGCGUCAAAGUAACACACCUUGGUUUCUUGAACGAACCUGACAUGACCACCUCGUACGCGUCUAUGCGAUCUGAUGGUACCCAAGCUGCCGAGUUUAUCAAGAUCCUUCGUCCUACAUUGGACCGAAACAACCUCACCGAUGUCGGUAUCAAUUGCUGUGAAGCCACUGGUUGGUCUAUUGCGAAUCAGCACGCUUCACAGAUUGCGAGUGCUGGCGCCGACGGCAUGAUUUAUGCAAUGACCUCUCACGAGUACACAAGUCGCAUUGGAAGCCCCAUGCGCACCAAGGCCAAGGUUUGGCAAACUGAGUACUGUGAUUUGAACGGUGGAUGGAGCACUGGCUGGUAUCAGAACGGUGGAGCAGGCGACGGUUUCACAUGGGCCAACAAUAUCUUCAACGGCAUUGUAAACUCGAACCUUUCUGCAUACAUCUUCUGGGAAGGCAUCCAGGAUCGCGCCACCAACAACAAUAACAACGAAAAGUUGAUCUUGGUCGAGGGCCAGACUUACCAAGUCAGCAAGAGGCUGUGGGCUUUCGCACAGUUCCGUGUGGUCAGGCCAGGCGCUGUUCGUAUCGGAGCGAGCGGUGGAUCGAAUCUCAAGAGCGCAGCUUUCGCUAAUGCAGAUGGCAGUACUGCGGUGGUCGUCAUCAACUCGGGAACUGGAGCGCAGACUGUUGGCAUCAGUUUAGGGGCAGACGCAUUGAAGGGAAAGACGGUUCAGGCAUGGUACACCGACAACACUCAUGAUGCUAGCGUGACUGAAGUUAAGAUUGGAGACGACGGAACAGCAUCGGCGAGUGUGCCUGGACGAGGAAUGAUCAGCUUUUUGGUUAGUGGGACCACUACAAAUGCUAAGGCAGCAGUAUGAAGCAAUUGGUAGAUCGCAGUUGUUCGAAUAGUCAAG